AUGUUCUUGCACUUUGGUACCAAUACUUUCACAGACUUGGAUUGGGGGGCAGGGCAUGUAGACCCUUCUGUGUUCAACCCCACUGCAUUAAAUGCCUCGCAGUGGGCCAAUGUGGCCAAAGACAACGGAUUUUUAAGAGUUAUAUUGACUGUAAAACACUGUGAUGGAUUCUGUCUUUGGCCCUCUCAGUAUACUGAUUAUUCCGUGAAGUCUAGCUCUUGGAGAAAUGGAACUGGUGAUGUGGUGAAAGAGUUGACCGAAGCUGCUAAGAGUGCUGGAGUGCCUUUGGGAGUUUAUCUUUCUCCUUGGGAUUGA